CUUACGGGCCCUGAGCCAAACAAGGUUUGCCCCGCCACACCACUGCUGUAGGCUCCUGGCCGUACGAAACCAUGGCUAAUGAAGAGCUUCGCCUGGCUGACCACUUCCCGCUGGUACACAAGUCGUGCAAGAAGCCUGCCUCUAGAUUCUUCGAAUGCUUCUCCGAGAAGGCUGACCAGCCGCCAGAAGGGGAUGCGGCUGCCGCGAGAAAGGGCUUGGCCGCGUGCGCUGGCCUGAUGGCCGACUACGACAAGUGCAUGUCCAAGGUUCCCGCAAGGCCGCUCAUUCGGGUUCAAGAAGAGUACCGUCUUGCCCCAGGCGCCAAGCGGUAACAAAUCCGGAAGUUCUUGCUGUGUGUGCAGCACAGGAAAAGUUUUUCUGAGCGUCGUCCCGUGUAUGCUUUCAGAAACGACGGCUCCAAGCACACACGUGCCAACGUGACAACAAAAAAAUCUCUUGAAGACCCCGGGCUUUCCGGGCUCGGCUGCCCGAGCCACCCGUUGAAGAAAGCGUGUACAAAGUCCGUCGUCGUUCAUUGGAUGGAUCUAUUCCGCUUGUCUGUAUGCGGCGGGGGGAUUGCUCCUGCCCGUGGCCGCCUUCCUUGCCGUAUGGGCCUGCUUGCGGGGGCUGACCUACUUUUUUUGCGGGCGGAGUGAUGUGUGCUCCUGUGUGAGGGAUGAAGUGCACUUGUGGUUGUCUUGUCUGGCGUACUUGUGCAGUUGUGCUUGUUUUGCCGGAGCUGAAGCCGUAGGCUUUCAGUAUCUCCCUCUUUCUUCGGUGCUUGGGGGGGUGGGGGUGGGGGGUGACGCCAAACCGUUGCUUGUCCUAGCCUGUCGACACGGAUAACCGUUCCUGCUCCUCGUAGAGACACGCCGACGUUCGGGCGCUACUUUCGUGCCCCCUGCACGGGGAACCUCGGUUGUGAAACGGGGUUUUCUCUGGACUGGAUUCUCGCUGGUUGCGUCAUGAAUCACUGGGCUUGGGAGUAUUUUCUCGCUGGCUGGAAGUCGCCACCAUUUUUUUCAAAUAUGUUGCUUUGAGUUCAUUCCAUCCUUGACACGUCUGGGUAUCUUUCAACAUGUGGUGGUGGAAAAAGUGACGCUUUCGCUAGCGUGUAAAUGAGUAGAUUAUUGGCCCGUUCUUCGACGCGCGCGACACCGGUGCAUGUCAUGGUUCUUGGGAAUGUCGGUUACUGAGGAGACCACACGCUCCAAGGAGGCCAUCAAGUGGUUGCCUGACUCUCGAAAUUUUUGUUUGGGGCUAAGUUUUUCCGGCUGUAGUCAUGGGUAGAAGCCCCAUCCUGGCCGUAGUUGUGGAUUGCAGCCCCUGAUGAACCAACACGCUGAACCCCUCGGGGGGAAGACAUGGCGUCACGAAAUGUGGCAGCUGCUGUCUCCAAGGAAUUGUCAGCGUGGCGAUGCACGUGACUUGCACUACAGCUGUUUGCCAGGUGUGUUUUUUUUUUGCAAUCUGUUCGCCGCCCAUGAUACACGAACAUCGCAACCCGGAUCUCGACCGCGUUGAAGACUCUCAGAGGGGUGUCGUUUCGUGUCACCCCGGAGCCAGGACGGCGGGAGUAAGAAGGGCACAAUGAACUCAAGAAAAGAUGAUCUCGAUUACCUGGCGGCGUUUGUGGGUGGGUUCGGGCAGGAAUCUGUUAAGGGCAGGCCCCAGUGCGACAGGGAGUGGUCCAGCUGAGGGAGGAUGCGGGGGGAGUGGUGGUGAGAACGCGGGUGAGGGCAACGCCCCGACAGGUCGUUGGGAGAUGGUCCCUGUCGGUGGUGAGUUUACAACGUCAGAAGUGCCUGCGCAGGACGUAAGGGACAACGACGGUUACCUUCCCCGACCGGUUACGAUGGCUUUCUCGCUGUCGGUUUUGGAGGGGGCUGGAGUGUCUAGCGGGGGUGGCUCUUGAACAAUUUUCCGAGGCAGAAGGUGAAAGUUGGUCUGUCCGUGGCGUCGGCUUGCGUUUCGUCAUAUACCGUUCAUGGAUCAGGACUACCAUGUUAUUUAUGUGCAUGUCGAAGUUGGCGUGGACCAUUCUUCUAGCCACUAGGAGCGCCGGCGUGUUGCGCACCUAUGCCGCGUAAUAGAUUUUCUCGAAGUACAAGUCUUGUGUAUGGGUGAAAACACUGGUCGUUCUCCCUAGCCGGACCCAUGUCAGUCAGCGGGGAUUCUCUUCGCUGCCGUAUUCAGCCGAGAGCGUUGCAGUGGCGAAGUGAAGUUGAACUGCGUCCAGUUAUUUCUUGGUGUUUAUUGACAAGGAGAGCAUACAGCAGUAACCAUCCCGAAUGUCUUACAACACCGGUAAACCAACCUGACCUGAAGUAGCUACCUUCCUACCGCCCGGGACAAAUCAUCCUCAAGGCUGUGUUGGUGAAGAAUCCGAAGUCGGUCCGAUACGUG